ACUGGCCUUAACUCCUUUGUCCAGCAAAACUACCCUCUAAUUCAAUUAUUCAUUCAUAUUCAAGUAGCAUUAAUAAUUCCCAUACUUACACAAUUGUUUCUAUAAACAUCUCAACCUUCAUUUCUCUGCAAUUUCUUAAGCCUCUUCUUUGAUCAGGUCCUAAUCACAGUACUCCACAUCAUGGUUGCUAAGUCCCUCUCCCUAAUGAUCAAUGGAUUUUCUUGCUCUUUUUUCCUGCAGAAGGUGGUGCUGAAACUAGAAGUUCAUGAUGACAAAGAGAAACAGAAGGCCAUGAAGGCAGUUUCCAGCCUCACAGGCAUAGAAUCCCUGGCCAUGGACAUGAAGGAGAGGAAACUAACAGUAGUAGGCGAUGUGGAUCCAGUUCAAAUUGUGAGCAAAUUGAGAAAAUCUUGGCACACAGAAAUACUGACAGUAGGGCCAGCAAAAGAGCCAGAAAAGAAGAAGGAAGAUGAGAAAAAGAAAGAGGAUGAGAAGAAGAAAGAAGAUGAGAAGAAGAAAGAGGCUGAUGACAAGAAGAAGGAAAGUGAGCAAAUUGCUGAGCUCCUCAAACUCUACAAGAACUACAAUCCUUAUUACACACAGUACUACCAUGUCUACAGCGCUGAGGAGAACCCUAAUUCUUGUGUUAUUUCCUGAUCAUCAUCAUAUACAAUCAUGGGAUCGAUCGAUCACGAGUUUUGCUUUUCUUCUGAAGAAAAAGGGUUUUUGAUGGAUUUUAACGCGUUUUCAAGAACCAUAUACGAAAAAAGGGAUGGAUUCGAUGUACAUGGACGGCGUUGAUAUAUUAUUGCAUUGAUCAAUCCAUCGGUCUUGUGGUUAAUUUCUUCAUAUUUGAUGUAAAUAUAGAACAUAUAUAUGGGAUUCAUGAAGAGGGGAAUAAAUUAAUUUACAAA